AUAGGGCUGGACCAUUAAACAGAAAAGUUUUAUCCUUUUUUCUUUCUCCCAAACGCUCUCUUCUUCUUCUUCUUCUUCUUCUUCUUCGCUCGUCUCCUUCCAAUUCCAGUCUCGUUUCGAAAUAAUGGCUAAUCGCGAAACAAAUUCCUCACCGGAGAUUCGAUGCGUCUUUGUAGAAACCAACCUCGACACUCGUCUCAUUUUACAUGUGCAUAAAGAUGAAAUCAUCUCCGAUUUCAAAGACAGAUUACUCAAGGAGCAUAAACAAGUUUUCCCAGAAAUUGGAGAAAUUCAAAUCUCUGCCUUGAAGGUUAAAAGACGAAGAAAGUUUUAUCAUUUCUCAGAUUCUUUGCAUGUGUGUAAGGCUUUUGAUGGCAUUAGUAGAAACUGGUUUAUGUAUAUUGAUGCCAUUAGAGUUGACAAGGGUAAGAUGUAUGCUAUAAUGGCUGCUGAUCAAAACCUUGAGUUGGUUGAGAAGAAGGAAGAGAUUGCAAAUGGUUUAGUACUUGUAGAUGAUAUGAAUAAUAAGGAUUUGACUAGUGGAGAAGGUUUGGAAACCGAAGUAGUUGAGGAGAAGACAAGGAAGAGGAGAAUUAUAAGUCCGGGUGGGAAUACAAGUCCAAAGAAAUCUAAGGUUGAUCUCAGUCCAUCUGCUGUUGCUGCUACUACCGAGUUAUGUGGAAAAGUAAAGGGUGAAGUUGUCUCUCAAUCUUGUGCAGUUUCACCAAGAGAAAAGCUAGAUGAUGUUGUUACGAGAGCAGAUAUUGAAAGCGGCGAGAAAAGCGGCCUUAGUAUGGGAGAGAAGCAGCAAACUUCUGUUACGGAAAGGCUACUGGAAGAGAAAAAUCUCACUGUUAAUUCAGAGCUUGUAGAUGGGCAUACCGGUGGUGUGGUGAAGGAAGUACCAGACAAUCAAACUAUUAAAGAAGCUCUAGAAAAAGUAGAUGAUCUUACGGGAACAAUAGAACAAGAUCUUGAAAAGGGAGGAAAAACUGCUGAUAUAGUCAUGAUUGACCAAGAGAAGGAUCUUCCACCUGCUUCAAAACUUGUAGAUGGGCAGAUUACGUCACAAGUUGAUGAGAGAGGUGAGGGAAGAAGAUUGGCUCCAAGUGCUGUCGAUAAUCUUCAAACUGCUGAAGUGGUGACUAACGUGGAUAACCAGUUGGAAGCUAGCAGUAGUUUGACAACUGGUCCAGCUACAGAGAAGAAGAGAAAGCGAAUGAAGAGCUCAAAAGAUCACAUCAAACAAAAUGGAAAUGAGAUGGCUGACAUAUUGGUUGACAAGGUGGGAAGUGGAGAGGCCACACUUAUCGGUGCAGACGAAAUACAAGCUGCGAGUAAUCUACAAGUUGCUGGUAUGGCGAGCACCCCACAUGCCUUUGUCCAGGAAUCGAAAACGCUGGACCACAUAGGUAAAGUUACGGAUACUGAACAUAAAGUUCCUCAGGAAAGAGUUGAAAUAGAUGCUGAUCAGGCUAAAUCUGUGAAGUCUACUAAGAAGAAAAGUUCAAGAAAAGCCAAGACCCCAGCUAAAGAAGAUACUCUGGUAGAUUUUGGUGCACAGAAUGUUGAACCUAUCAAAGUUGUAGAUGGAGAAGGACAUGUUAAUGAUAUCAGAAAUGUAUUAGAUUCUUUGCAGCAAAGGACCGAAGUUGAGGAGAAUAUGGAGAAAAGUGGGAAGAAAUCAAGCAAGAGAUCGAAGAAGAAAGACUCUUUGAACAUUGUGGAGGAGGCCCAAGUAGUAGAUUCUUUGCAGCAAAAGAAAGAAGCUGAGGAAAAUCUGGAAAAAAGUGGGAAGAAGUCAAGCAAGAAAACAAAGAAGAAAGACUCUUUGAACAUUGUGGAGGAAGCCCAAGUUUUGUCAGUUGAGGUAAACAAUGUUGCUCAGGAGGAGGCUUCUCCCAUCAACAACCCAAAAGACACAGAUGCAUCAUUCACGCCAGCUAAGAAAACUACUGAGAGCAAUGCUUCGCCUUUGAAAAAGAUUAGUGAGGUCACCGAUAAUACUGAGGAUCUUAACCGUUCCAUGCAAGUACUGAAAGAGAACGCUGAUAUGGGAGACAAUUUUGGUUCUAGCCAAAAGGACGAUAUUGUUGGUGGUACUAACAAGGAAGACCAAGUGACUGGUGGAGCUAAAUCUAAAAAGGAGAAGAAAAGCCUUGAUUUGCAUCCUGGUGGUUCCAUUGAUGGCUCAAUGAAAGUGAAAGAGACAAAAGGUAGAGUUCAACCAUCUAGUUCAGGUACUAGUCAAUUGCAGUCAAGGGCUAAGAAUGAUCGCAAUGGAUCAAAGGUUGAUCUUUCUGAUGCAUCCAUGAAAGGCACAGUAAACAACAAGAAGGAAGCCGUGAAGAAAAGCUCUAAUUCGGUUACAGUGAACAAUAGUAAGGUGAAUGUCAACAACAAGAAGGAAGUUGUGAAGAAAAUCUCUAACUCAGUCACGGCGAACAAGAUCACAACGAAUUUCUUCAAGGAUGCUGAGGAGGAUGAAUCUAAGACGACUUCGAGUGACUCCUCUAAUGCACCAUCAGAUAGUUCAUCAGACAAUGAUAGUGAUGUGACUUCUUCUAUGUAUAUGAAGCAAGGAAAUAAUCUCGUUGGAGGAACAAAUAGGUAAGUAACCGGUUCAGGGUAUUAUUAUUUUCAAUCUUAGCUGCACAGACUACUGUCAUGAACUCUUUUACUCGUCUUGUGAACAGGUUAUCAGGGAGCCUGCAAGAUAUCCUAAGAAGCUCAAAAAGUUACAAGGCGGCGAAACUGACAGCUUCUCUAUCACAAUCGGUUGCAUUCGAUGAUGAGAGCCUUGGGAUAAAUGUUGUCCCAGAUAGCCAAGCCGCCAUCUAAGUUUUAUUGAUUAUCCUUUUGGAUUCAAUUUUGACCAAAAUCUUCAAAUCACGGUUUUGCUUGUUCUAACUAAUUCUGGUAUGGUGCUUCUUCUCUGACAUUUUAUGUUAAUCGGAAGUGCUUUAUAAGAGGUAUUGCAACAGCUAAAUGUUAAUCUCGUCUCGGUUAAUCCUCGUGUUUGGUUCCAUAAUACUUGAAUCCCAGAUUUCUUGAGCUUC